AUGGCGACCGCUGGAGUGUGUGAAGACGGAACACCGGAGAAUUCUGAGUUUUCCUUAACCAAGGCAGUGGAGGAUGUCAGCCAACACGGCUGUACCAUGACUGAGGCCCUGAAGGAGAAAGAGAAGAUACUCAGUAAGCUGCAGGCAGUUCUUUUAGAUGUUGAGAAGAAAGGUGAGAUGGCAGAGCAAGAGCUGAGAUCUAUACAUAGGGAAUUCCUGAUGCUGGAGGCCGAGAUGGCGUACCUGGAGCAGCGGACAAAAGUCCUGCACGAUCGCUGUGCAUCUAUCUGUAAGGACAACACAGAUCUCCAGAUCAGUAUAAGCGAGGAGGAGAAGAACGCUCGCAUGGCACUGGAAAGGUUCAACAUUUACCGAGACAAGAUGGAGGGACACAGAGCAGCUGUCUCACACGUGCUGAGUCAGACAGAGGCCCACAAAGAGCUGGAGGAGAAGAGAGCGCUGGUCAAGAUGCUGAAAAAUAAGAAAGAGGAGCUGAAGAAAGACUUGGAGAAUCCAGAUGGAAACACAGUGCAGAUGGCAAAGAGUGAGAUUGAUGCUCUGAAGAGGGAGAUCUCUUUGAUAAGGGAGAAGUCAGCCAAGAAGAGAGAGCAUCUGCAAAAAGCAUUUGAGAAUCAAGCCCAGUUAAAGAAAUCCAUAGAGAUCCAGAACAGGCGCUAUGAAGCCGUCAUCAAGCACCUCCUGCUCCAGCUGAGCAGAGCCAAGGCUGCCCACAGGCAAAUUUCCGAAGAUGUCUACACAAUGGAGAGAGAGCUAGCUGAGCUCAAAGAGCAGCUGCAGUCAUUUGAGGACUCAUCGGUCAGCGGUCAAUAAACUGCAGUGUCAGGCUUGUCUAAAU